AAUAAUAAUAAUAAUAAUAAUGAUAAUAAUAAUAUCUUCAGCUUUUUCCUGUCCAAAGAAAAAUAAUCAGCAACCUUAUCAGCUCUUCAAAACUUCAGAUAAAGAGAAUUACUUCCUCCACUAAUACAUAAAAUAUUCUACAAUUACUUACCGAUCAGUUUGUGGAAUUUGUUCUCCACCAGCAGGAGAAAUGGAAGAGGCUAUUGUGUCCUUAGCUGUUGAAAGAAUUUCAGAUUUACUCAUCCAUGAAGCUGUUUUCCUCAAAGAUGUGAAAGAUCAAGUUGAGAGCCUAAACGCUGAACUGAAGCGAAUGCAGUGUUUCUUGGAGGACGUUGAUCGGAAGCCAGAACAAGACAUAAGCGUCUCCAUAAUCGGGUGUCGGAAAUCAGAGAUCUUGCUUAUGAUGCUGAAGAUAUCAUUGACUCUUUUAUUCUUAAAGUAGGACAUCAACGAGGUUUUCAUGGGAUUGUCAAGAGAUUCACCUCCAUUUUCACCAAACCUUAUCAUCUGCACAAAAUCGGGGUGCAGGUGAAAGCAAUCCAGACCAAGCUCCAAAACAUUUCCAAGAAUCUUCCAGCUUAUGAGAUAGGCGGUGAUGGAGAAGGCUCUAGCUCAAUUAUCAAGGUGCAGCAAAGGUUAAGAAGGACAUACUCACAUGUCGAGGAAGAGGACGUUGUUAGCUUGGAGGUUAGCACGAAGGAUGUCAUGACCAUGUUGAUGACUGAAGAAGAUAGACCCCACGCCAUCGUUUCCAUAGUCGGCAUGGGGGGCCUCGGGAAGACUACUCUUGCCAGAAAAGUAUAUAAUCAUGUUGAGGUUAGACACCAUUUUGAUUACUUGGCUUGGGUUUAUAUAUCUCAACAAUGUAAGCCUAGAGAAGUUUUGCUUAGUGUCUUGAUGAAAGUUCUCUCUCCUUCUAAAGAUGAAAGAGAGUUAAUUGAGAAACUGGACGAGAAUGAGAUGUGGAAAAGGCUUUUUGAUGCUUUGAAAGAAAAGCGGUACUUGGUAGUCCUCGAUGAUAUCUGGCGAAGCGAGGAUUGGGAAAUUCUUAAACCUGCUUUUCCACGAGGCAGAAAGGGAAGCAAAAUAUUGUUCACAACACGCAACAGGAAUGUGGCUUUAAAUGCCGAUCCUUGCAACACUCCCAUGGAGCUCUCACUUCUUACAAAUGAUGAAAGUUGGAAUCUUUUGUGUAGGAAAGCAUUCCCACGGAGCAAAAUGGGUUCUCAAUGCUGCUCAGAAGAAUUUGAGAAGCUUGGAAAGGAGAUGGUGAAAAAAUGUGGAGGUCUGCCUUUAGCAAUUGUUGUGUUGGGAGGCUUGCUAGCAACAAAACAGUCCUUGGCUCAAUGGGAGAUGGUUCACAAAAACAUCCAUGGACACCUAAAAGGGCUCCCACACCAAGAUCAUCAAUAUGGUGCAGUGAACAAGAUUUUGGUUUUAAGCUACAAUGAUUUGCCUUAUCAUUUAGAACCAUGCUUUCUGUAUCUCGGUCAUUAUCCGGAAGAUUGGGAGAUAUCGAAAAGUGAACUCAUUCAACUAUGGAUCGGUGAAGGAUUCAUUUCACCAUCAUUAGAAAGCAAGGAAAUCUUGAUGGAGGAUGUAGGCGAACAAUUCCUAGAAGAGCUUAUAAAUAGGAGCUUGGUUCAAGUUUGGAGGCGAGACUAUACAGGGACAAAAGUGAAAACAUGUCGAAUACAUGAUCUCUUGAGGGACUUGUGCACGAAGAAAGCAAAAGAGGAGAAGUUCUUGGAAAUUAUUCAACAAUCAUCGGCUGAAUUUGAUGUGACACUGGCAAAACCUUUGCUACGAAGAAUUUCUAUUCAUCCUAGUGAAAGGAAAGUUCAUUUGAAGGGAAAGCACCCAAAAUUACGUUCUUUGUUGUUGCCUCAAGACGUUAAAUUGAUAGAAUUCUUCAUUUCAAAAUGCAAAAUUUUCAAAUUUUUAAGGGUGUUGACUCUUCUAAGAAGGAAUGUCAUAAAGUGGCAUGUGUCAGUUGAAAUUGGUAAUCUCCAACAUUUGAGAUACUUGAAGUUAGGAUGCUAUGGAGAAAUGAUUUUGCCGCAAUCUAUUGGCAGGUUGAAGAGUUUAUACACUUUAUACAUCAAGUAUGAAACUCACAUUGUAAUUCCAUAUGUUGUGUUCAAGUUAGAGCGUUUAAGGCAUAUUAUAUUAAAAAGGACUAGGUGGUGCGAAAGAGGAUUUCGUUGGCGGCUAGGGUUCACUUCAAAAAAUAUUGAAACUUUGAAGUACAUAGAGGUGGAUGAGAGGCUGAUUGAAAAUAAUGUGGUGCUUAGGUUGACUAAUAUUCAGAGUCUAGGAUUAGUAUUUACAAGAUCAGAAUAUGUGAAGCCUAUCCUAAUCUUGCUAACCAAAUUGCAACGCCUUCGGUCAUUGUCCUUUGAUAUUUUAGACAAUUCAAUCUUAUCAUAUCUAGACUUAGAACCCCUUUCUCAGUGUCAUCACCUCUCCAAACUGAGAUUAACGGGGGCGAUAGAAGGAGUUCCAAAUUCGAGCCAUCGUGUUUUGGAAUUUCUUCCACCAAAUAUCGUCAAACUAACUUUGGAUUCCUGUAAUAUGAGUCAGGAUCCAAUGGGCGUAUUGGAAAAGCUAUGUCAUUUAAGGAUUUUCUAUUUGUCUAAAGCAUAUAAUGGGAGAAAAAUGAUUUGCUCUGCGAAUGGGUUUCCUCAACUUGAUUUUCUUCAGAUAGGGAAUCUAAUAAAGUUGGAAGAGUGGGAAAUAGAAGAAGGCGCAAUGCCAUGUCUUCGAAGAUUGGAAUUAGUUAACGUUAGUUUAGGCAUGUUUCCAGAAGGAUUAAGGUAUAUUACUACUCUCCAAGAAAUGUCAUUAGUAGGAUUGAGUUCAUCAUUAGAAGAAAGGAUUAAAGUGAUAGAUGAAAGAGAAGGAGAGGAUUUUUAUAAAGUGCGCCACAUUCCCUCCAUCGACUUUGUAAAGUUACUGGAUUCAACAUCAUUUGAGGUAAUUACACUUCAUUGAGAUAUUCAACCCCAUCAAGUGUGUGUUUUUAAAUUGGAUUGCUAAAUAAUAUGAACUUGAAUAAAGUGAUGUUUAUCAAUAACUUGAUUAGAGUAUAGAUUUUCAUUAAUGAAGAAUGAUUAAUUA